AUGGAUAGUACGCCUUUAGUACUUGAUAAUGGUUCCUAUGAAAUAAAAUUUGGAUUAUCGAACUCUGAAAGGCCGUAUAGGGCCUUGAAUGGCUUUGCUGUUGAUAAGUAUGGUUCAGCUUACUUAUCCAACCAAAUGAAAAAGAUUCAAGAAGUCUCUGAGGUCACUCUGAGACGACCACAUGAAUUGGGCCAAUUGACAUCAUGGGAAUUAGAAAGUUGUAUAUGGGAUUACUGUCUUUACAAUCCUGAUGAAUUUGAUGGGUUUGAAUUGGGGGGAAGUGGAAAGAAACAUCUGAUAGUUAGUGAACCAUGCAUGACUUUACCUGAGUUAAGCAAGAAUAUGGAUCAAGUGAUAUUCGAGGAAUACGAGUUCGAUAGUUUGUUCAAAGCGCCUACGGCAGGUUAUAUCCCGUUUGGCGUUCAAGCAGAUGAUCGCAAGGUUCUUCUUGAUACUAUAUCAGGGAAGAAAAAUGACGAUGAUAUGAUAGGUCAAUCAGAAAAUGUUACGAUAUCCACGGAUAAUUUGAAAGACGAUAAAAAAAAAUUCAGUAAUGACUAUCAAGAUUAUGAAUUAGUAAUAGACUCUGGAUUCAAUUGUACAUGGAUAAUACCGAUGAUUAAAGGAGUACCUUAUUACAAAGCGAUCAAGAAACUAGACAUAGGAGGAAGAUUUUUAACUGGGCUCCUUAAAGAGACACUAUCAUUUCGACAUUAUGACUUAAUGGAUGAGACUCUAUUGGUAAAUAAUAUAAAGGAGAAAUGUUUAUUUGUCAGCCCUACUUCGUAUUUUGAUAGUUUCAAAGCGAAAGAAGAAACCUCUGUUGAAUAUAUAUUACCAGAUAUAUCUAGUUCCUAUCUUGGCUAUACCAGAGAGAAUAAAUCGAAGCCGUUGCCAGAAGGUUCUCAAGUGGUAAAAUUAUAUGAUGAAUUAUUCUCAGUUCCAGAGACCUUUUUCCACCCAGAAAUUUCCAGAAUAUUAAAACCAGGUAUUGUUGAAACAAUCCUAGAAAGUUUGUCCAUGAUUCCUGAGAUAUUACGUCCGUUGUUGGUAGCAAACAUCGUUUGUACUGGAGGGAACUUUAACCUACCACAUUUUGCUGCUCGAUUAGCAGCAGAACUGCAAAGGCAACUACCAACAGAUUGGACAUGUAGGAUUUCUGUUCCUAAGAAGGAAUGCGAGCUGUUUAGUUGGAAAUCGAUGUGCCAGUUUGCUAAUACCGACUCGUACAAGAAAACAAGAAUCAGCAAAGAAGAGUACUAUGAACAUGGACCUGAUUGGUUAACGAAACAUAAGUUUGGGUACCAAAAUUGGCUAUAG